CACUUAACUAGAUAAGAUCCCCACAUCCGCCUAAUUAAAUUCAAAUUUUAAUUUUUUUUAAAAAAAUUCAAAUUUUAAUAAAUGACCAUGUCCCUAUUAAUUUUAUUUUCAAAACUGCUUUUUUUUUUUUAAUUUUCAUUUAUUAAAUUUUGCAAAAUCUUCUAAACUUCCUAUCAACAUUUUUCUUUUUUUUGUCUUUCCUCAUACAUAAAAUAGCCCUCAACUUUUUCCACUCUCUCCAUUUCUGCUACCGGCAACUCACGUGACCCGUGACACCCAUCACUCUCAAACUUCUUGCUUUCCCUCACUCUUUCCGGUUACCCACCGGUUGCCCAUUUUCCCGUUGAGGAAAAUAAUAAAGAAAAAAACCAAAGUCUUCUCUUUAUACUAGUCUCAAUAAAAGAAACAUCCUACUACUUCCAAUCCUCCAAGCCAAGUUAGCCAUGACCGGCCUUAGCAAGCUCGGAGCUACGCUUAUAGUAGUUUUCGUAGUCUGUUUUAUGGUUCUCAUCGCCGACCUCGUUUACGUCAUUUGGCGCCGGCGCCGAUUUCAACGACGGAGCAUCUCAACCGGAGUGUCAGUUACUUCCGGAGACUCCACCUACUCUCUUUCCUCUAAAGAACUUCUCUACUUCUUCUGCUGGACUAAUCGGUCCCGGAUUGAGCCCAACGAAGCAAAUAAUAACCGAUCCAGCCCGAACAACCAGACCCUGACGGCGCCUGAGAUCGACGACUUGUUAAAGCUUCAAGGACUUUACGGGCAGUCGAGGUUGCUUUUCACUAUAAAAGAGGAAGAUUUCGAAGCUGAGAGACCAGAGGAGAACAAAGAGGGUACUAUUACUUCAACUGCUGAAGCUGAUCAUGAUGACCAGGGUUUUGUGGUGUCAACGUUGACCGGGGACGCAGAUGCGGUGAGUAUUACGGUGGAUGAAGUGACGCCGUUUUCGACUCCUUGUGCUUCGCCUCCGUACUUCACUCCUUCGCCUUCUCCAAGUCGUGAGGAACUAAAACAGUUCUACUCCCAUGAAAAUAUUGGCCGAGUCUUUUUAUCUGGUGAUCAAGGCAGAGAAGAAGAGGUACCCCAGUUUGUUAGCUUAGAUAUUAUUGGAGUUUGAGUGUUGUCUGUUGAUCACUCGCCGGAAAAUAUUUACGCCGGCUGCUUGAAACUUUUCUCACCGGGAUAGUCUUAAAUCGUUUAGUAUUGUAAAGUAAACACCAUCAAGGUCGUUCUCUGGCAUGGCUGUUUGGGUACGAAAAACAUUGAUUUUCCCAAUCAGACCAUGACACGUCAGAGGAGCUAUUUUGACGUGGCUAGAUAUGUAUGGUUGUGCAGUUUCUGACUUUCUUUCUUUUUUA